UCUUCGGCCAGGCUCGGCCGCGGCCCCGGAAGGGCGCCCAUGGAGCCGGGACUGCCGGCUCGGCCGACAGCUAUGGCGCCACUGCUGGAGUAUGAGCGGCAGCUGGUGCUGGAACUGCUGGACGCGGACGGGCUGGUAGUGUGCGCCCGCGGGCUCGGCGCGGACCGGCUCCUGUACCACUUCCUCCGGCUGCACUGCCACCCGGCGUGCCUGGUGCUGGUGCUCAACACCCAGCCGGCCGAGGAGGAGUACUUCAUCAAUCAGCUGAAGAUUGAAGGAGUUGAGCACCUCCCUCGCCGCGUAACAAAUGAAAUCACCAGUAACAGUCGCUAUGAGGUCUACACACAAGGAGGGGUGAUAUUUGCAACAAGUCGAAUACUUGUGGUCGACUUCUUGACCGAUAGAAUACCUUCAGAUUUAAUUACCGGCAUCUUGGUGUACAGAGCUCACAGGAUAAUUGAGUCUUGUCAAGAAGCCUUCAUCUUGCGCCUGUUCCGCCAGAAAAACAAGAGUGGCUUUAUUAAGGCCUUCACAGACAACGCUGUCGCCUUCGAUACUGGUUUUUGCCACGUGGAAAGAGUGAUGAGGAAUCUCUUCGUAGGGAAGCUCUACCUGUGGCCAAGGUUCCAUGUAGCAGUAAACUCGUUUUUAGAACAGCACAAACCUGAAGUUGUAGAAAUUCACGUUUCUAUGACGCCUGCCAUGCUCGCCAUACAGACCGCCAUACUGGACAUUUUAAACGCGUGUUUGAAGGAGCUCAAAUGCCAUAACCCGUCCCUCGAAGUGGAAGAUUUGUCUCUAGAAAAUGCUAUUGGAAAACCCUUUGACAAGACAAUACGCCAUUAUCUGGACCCUUUGUGGCACCAGCUUGGAGCCAAGACUAAGUCUUUGGUUCAGGACUUGAAGAUAUUACGAACUUUGCUGCAGUAUCUCUCUCAGUAUGAUUGUAUCACAUUCCUUAACCUUCUGGAAUCUCUGAGAGCCACAGAGAAGGCUUUUGGUCAGAAUUCAGGUUGGCUCUUUCUUGACUCCAGCACCUCGAUGUUUGUAAAUGCUCGAGCAAGGGUUUACCAUCUUCCAGACACCAAAAUGAACAAAAAAGGCAAAAUGUCUGAAAAAACAGAGAUUAAAGAAGAACAAGAAACAAAAAAGGAACUGGUGCUAGAAAGCAACCCCAAGUGGGAAGCAUUAACCGAAGUACUGAAAGAAAUUGAGGCAGAAAAUAAGGAGAGCGAAGCCCUUGGUGGUCCAGGUCAAGUACUCAUCUGUGCAAGCGACGACCGCACGUGUUCCCAGCUGAGAGAGUACAUCACUAUCGGAGCAGAGGCCUUCUUGCUGAGGCUGUACAGGAAAACCUUCGAGAAGGAUAGCAAAGCUGAAGAAAUGUGGAUGAAAUUCCGACGUGAGGACAGCCCGAAGAGAAUGGCGAAAUCGAACAAAAGGCCUAAAGACCCCCAAAACAAACAGAGGGCUGCCACCAAAGAAAGGACUCUCAAAAAGAAAAAGCGAAAGUUAACCUUAACUCAGAUGAUGGGAAAGUCUGACGAACCGGAAGAGGAAGGGGAUGUCAAGGAAGGCGGGCCUAGAGACAUAGGCAGUAGCCCAGAAAGCUCCUUAGAAGAAAUUAAGCACGAGGAAUUUGACUUGAACUUGUCCUCUGACGCCGCAUAUGGAAUCCUGAAAGACCCACUCACCAUCCUCCAUCCGCUCCUGGGCUGUAGUGACCCCUACGCUCUGACAAGGGUUCUCCAUGAAGUGGAGCCAAGAUACGUGGUUCUGUACGAUGCCGAGCUCACGUUCGUUCGCCAGCUCGAGAUUUACAGGGCGAGCAGGCCUGGGAAGCCUCUGAGGGUCUACUUUCUGAUAUAUGGAGGUUCAACCGAGGAACAGCGCUAUCUCACUGCUUUGCGGAAAGAAAAAGAAGCUUUUGAGAAACUCAUAAGGGAGAAGGCCAGCAUGGUGGUCCCUGAAGGGAGGGAAGGUAGGGACGAAGCAAAUCUGGACCUGGUAAGAGGCCCCGCGGCUGCAGGCGCUGCCGUGGACACCCGUAAAGCAGGUGGCCAGGAACAGAACAGGACGCAGCAAACCAUAGUCGUGGAUGUGCGGGAGUUCCGCAGUGAGCUCCCCUCCCUGAUCCACCGUCGGGGCAUCGACAUUGAACCCGUGACGCUGGAGGUCGGAGACUACAUUCUGACCCCGGAGAUGUGCGUCGAGCGCAAGAGCAUCAGCGACCUGAUUGGCUCGUUAAACAACGGCCGCCUGUACGGCCAGUGCAUCUCCAUGGCCCGCUACUACAAGCGCCCCCUGCUGCUGAUCGAGUUUGACCCCGGGAAGCCCUUCUCCCUCACCUCCCGGGGCGCCCUCCAUCAGGAGAUCUCCAGCAACGACAUCAGCUCCAAACUCACCCUCCUCACGCUCCACUUCCCCAGACUCCGGAUUCUCUGGUGCCCCUCGCCUCACGCCACCGCCGAGCUAUUCGAGGAACUGAAACAGAACAAGCCACAGCCCGAUGCGGCCACAGCCAUGGCCAUCACUGCGGAUUCGGAGGCGCUCCCCGAGUCAGAAAAGUAUAACCCCGGUCCCCAGGACUUCUUAUUAAAAAUGCCAGGGGUGAACGCCAAAAACUGUCGCACCUUGAUGCAGCACGUGAAGAACAUUGCGGAACUGGCCAGCCUGUCACAGGACAAGCUGGCGGGCAUUCUGGGCAAUGCCGGCAACGCCAAGCAGCUCUAUGACUUCAUUCAUACCUCUUACGCAGAGGUCGUGUCCAAGGGAAAAAUGAGAAAGUGAACAGUGACAGCGGUCUUCUUGUCACGUGACUGUGCUUUUCAGCCGCUCUCUGCCGGUAUUCCUAGGCCCUGAUUAAUUAUUAGUUCAGAAUUUCCCUGUCUUCCAACACUUAAUGGCUGUGCCCUCUGCUGCCUGGCUCGGCGGACCAGAACCCAAGACUCCUCUUGGAACCCCAGGCCAGAGUCCGCAUGCUCCGCUAUUCAUUGAGGUGGGUCUGCGGGUGCUUCUAGAAGGCCCUUCUUGAAACAGGCACAGCAAUUUAUGUUUCUGACACAAACCAAAAGAACACGCAAUCAUGUUCUUGCCCUCUUCAGAGACACCCCAGAACCCAGAGAAAGAAACCCCUCUGCCAUCCCUCCCCAGUUCUCUCCACAUUGUCCUCAAACACAUUCUUCCAGCUUUCUGCCUCUAAGAGAAAUUCCUGGGGACUUUCUCCUGUGGGUGUAAGAGAGCCUCCUCUAAAUCUCACUGGUGCAUUUCCUAAUCCACUGAACGUAUGCAACAUGUACUGUGACUCGAUUGUGCAAAGCCAGUAGUUUUUAGACAUGAAUUCUCUCUUUCCAGAAAUUGAUGGUACAAGGGAAAGAGUCCUUGGAAUGCUCACUUUUUCAAAUAUUUAACCUCCUAACUGUGAUCUCUAAGCCUGAAUGGCCAAUUAGAGUCUCUUAAGACUUCCUGGUUCCUGGGCCUCUCUUCCCACACCCUGAGACCACCAGCGCCAGAGCUUCUCCCCAAGCAGUGUAAGCUCACCCUCCAUUCCCCCCUUCUCUGUCCCUGUGCCGAGCACAUCCUUGUGUCUGUGUGAGGACUUUCACACAAGCAAAUUGAGUGGCCUGCCAAGUCUUUAAGAUUUGGUUUUCCUUCCUGGAAUCGAGAUAAAGGAUUUAAAAAGUAAAUGGAAGAUCAGUGCAUAGACUAUCUUAAGAAAUACAUACCUACUUAAAAACUCACAAAACCAUCUCCUCCAUCUCAAACCUUCUGACUGGGUUAAGUUAGCUUUUUACUGAAGUGUACAUAUGGGGACAUUCAUAGCAUCUUUGUGCCAUUUUUAAGCUUUUAUAUUUCACCAUUAUUAACUUAGCUCUUAUUCUCCUAUCUAGUAAUGAGUAGUGAAUUUUCUACCUCAAGAGCUGAUGCAGAUAUAGACAUCGGUGCCUCUAGCUGUACUGCACAGUUCCACAUUUCCUCCAUGUCGCCCGUGUUUUUGUUCCUCACAGUGUUUGCGCUCAGAGUAGACACUAGACCAUGUAGCGCAAAAUGGUCUUCACCUUCACAGAUGUUCUUUCAACCGACCUCUCCAAGCUGAACCUCUCAUGUCGACUUCUUGCUCUCCUGGUAUGUUAACCUAUGUUAAUACUGCUAAAGUCGAUGUGGAUUUCAAACUCGAUACAGGGUAGCACAAGAAUGAAUUGAGGGGUAUCAGGGAACCAUGUUGUUCUAUGGAAUUCUGUACAGUGAUCUGAGGAAAGUAGAAGAGGACAGGAAACAAAAGUUAAAGGUAGAAUAAAGGAUCAGGCUUCUAAAUGUUGUCCGAGGGCUAAAUAGCUACCCCAGAGACUAGAAAACAAGAUGUCGGGUACAGAUGUUAAUUUUCACUUCUGUACGUGUGUAUUUAAGAGUCCAGUCCUAGUGAAAAGUACCUUAACAUCGAUACAGCGCCUCAAAAGGAGAUGGUUAUUACAAUUUUUCUUUACCCUCGUCUAGCGCUUCUGCUUGUGGUGUAUAGUUCCUGGUUUUUCUUGUAGAAUUCCUGGUUUUUCUUGUAGAAUUCCACCUGGCUUAUAUUGUCCUUUCACUGUGUAAGAGGCAGAUGGAACAUAGCACAUCUUUUCAUAUGGGUUUCACUCCAGUUUAAACUUUCAGAAAUAAGCUCUGUUCUUAAAGCCGCCAUAAAUAGCCCUUGUCGUCUAGUACAACGUGGAGAACACUCUUGGUUGUAUUUAGAGAGCCGGUGUCUCUGGCUCUCGGAUUCUGUUAUUUGCUGUUGUACGUACUAGACAUUUGAAGAUGUGCGCUGUCUCGUGUGUACUUGAAUUAUGAAUGGUAGUUUCUAAUGAACUCGAAAAUGGUCAUUAUAGAUGCAAGCCUCUCACUACCACUUCCCCUUCCGAGUAAAUAAAUAUAUUUUAAUGCAUCUGUAGUUGUGGAAAGCCUUCAGUACAACCCUCGUGUAUUGACUUUUGCCACAUCCUUUUACAGAUUUUUAUAAUCUAAUAAUCUUUGGCAAAGGAACUAAUGCAUGAAUUUGCAGAAUUAAUGUAUCACUUUAUUGUCGAGCAUCAUAUUGUUACCUUUGCCUUUUUUCUUUCAGAAUAGUAAAUAUACCAGUUACUUAUGUACUCAUGCUUAGCUUUUUAAAAAACUUUUUUUUAAAAACCUGAGUUCAGCAUUUUUCUAUUUUACAAGCUUUUUGCUGAUUUGUAAAAAUCAGACUGUGUGAAAGAGAAAAGAAAUCGUUUCCAACUUUGUUUAAAUCAUAGUGCCUCUUGAUAUUCUUUAAAAAUUAUACAGCAAGAAAUCAUUUUAUAUAGUAAUAGUGGCCAUAAAUAAUGUCCUGUUGGCAAGAAGUUGCCACUUUUUUCAGUUUGGGGCUCAGGAGACCGUAUGUCUCUGUGUGUUUGAGUACAUCCCGAAUGCAGUUUCCCAGCCCAAUGGGACUGAAAGUAAUUGUCCCAUUGAUCAACCCACUGGCACACAGAGGGUUAAGUCUAGAUUUGGUUGUGUUGAGAUAACAGAAUCUAGAAUGAAUGACUGGCCUUCAGCAGGAAAGUCUACACUGAAGCAAAUCUGAAGAUGUGGGUGGGGGAGAGAGGCAGACAUCAUUAGUCUUUGCUUUUGUUUUUCAAGCGUAAUUCGAUUUUCCUUUGGCUCAGAAAACUUCUUUAGGGAAAUUCUCUUCUCUUUUGUGUUCAGUUUAGCCUAAAAACGUCCUCUUAAAAACCAACAGUUUAGGAAAGUUCUUUUCUCAGUCUCGAAUACAUUAAAACGCAUCCAGACUUCAACGUGCGUUGUCAUUUUUCUUCAUAAUUUUGCUUUCUGUUUUGGUUUAUUGCUACUUCCUGUCCAAUUCCGAACCCCAGUACUUCACUGUCUUUAUCCACAGGUUUUUGGUAAGCCACCCUACUGCUCUUUUUUAAUUUAAGGGCAUGUAAGCCAAAAUUUGGGUGGGAGGGAGACAUAACUGAUUUAUAUCAAUUUGUAACAAGAAUUGUAUGUGAGUGUGUUUUUAAUAAAAUCUGUAUUUAUUCAGUA